AUGGUUAAUGAAGAUGUAAAGGUUAGGAUUAUAGAUUUUAAAGUGAAUGUAAGAGUGAAUUCGGAUUACUUGCCUUUGUGCCUAAAGAUCAGAGAGCAGGAAGAAGAAGAAAAGAAUCCAACCACAGAAGCGGAACGAGAAUUAUUGGAUAGCGAGGAGGCUGAAGGAGAGGAAACGGAAGUGGAGGAUGAAAGCAUAGAAUUGGAAGAAGAAGAAGAAUUGAAGGAAGAGGAGAUAAAAAAGAUACUAAGAAAAAUGAAACUUAGGAAAACUGCUGACAUCGAAAGGAUACCGACAGAAGUGCAGAAAUAUGCAGGGAAAAGGCUGGACGAAGCUGGUAUCUUUAAUGAAGAUGGUGUGGAGAAAAGAAGGGUAUCACUUCUAUGCACAGCGUUCAAGUUGUAUGCAGAGAUGCUGAAAAAUAAACUAGAGAAAGAGGCAGAGAAAAAAAGAAUGAUCUCAGAAACUCGGAGGGAAGGAAGCAAGAAAGGAGAAAAUGGGAAAGUUUUCAUGUUUGUGGAUCUGAAAGCUGCUUUUGACAAGGUGGACAGAGGUAAGUUAUGGGAUUGCUUGAGGAAGAAAGGAAUAAGUGAGAGUUUGGUUAGAAGAAUUGAGAAGACCUACGAGGAAAUAGAAGUAACGGUUAAAAUGAAGCUAGGAAAUACUGAAAGUUGA